AUGGCGACAAACGUGGCAUUUGACACCUCAAUGGGCUCGUUCACUGUUGAGCUCUAUAACACCCAUGCACCCAAGACCUGCAAGAACUUCGUAACCCUCGCGCAAAGAGGCUACUACAACAAUGUCAUCUUUCACCGCAUCAUCCCCAACUUCAUGGUUCAGACCGGCGAUCCCACCGGCACCGGUCGAGGAGGCAGUUCCAUCUACGGCGAGAAAUUCGAGGACGAGAUUCGCGAGGACUUGAAGCAUACUGGCGCAGGAAUCUUGAGCAUGGCGAACAGUGGACCGAACACAAACGGUAGUCAGUUCUUCGUCACUCUUGCGCCGACGCCGUGGUUGGAUGGAAAGCACACCAUAUUUGGACGAGUGAAGAGCGGUAUGCGAGUCAUCCAACGUAUGGGCCUGGUUAAGACAAAUGGCGAGGAUCGGCCCAUGGACGAAGUCAAGAUCAUUCGGGCUCGGGUGGUGGAAGAGGGAGCCGAGGAGUGA